GGGGCCGGGUUCGAGGACCUGCCGGUCGCACCUUGUCUCGAGCCGGGCCUGUCUUCCCGGUCAGGGGCUGGUCUCCAUCUUCCCUUGUUCCCCCCCACCGCCUUUCCGGCCCCUCCCGGGCUCCGCUGGCCUCUCUCGGGACGCUCACGCCGGUACCCGCCUGCUCCCCUCGGCUCCCCGGCCUCCUUCUGCCUGGCCUUCACCAGCCCUCGGACCUCGUCCUCGCUGGCCUUCGCCACCCCCGGGGCCCCUGUCACCCCAUCCCUGGCGAGGAUGCCGGCCCCUCCCAGGUCGUUGUCGUCUUGGAGCUUAGCAGUGAGCUAGAACGUCUGAGCAACUUGGUAGGCAAGCCCUCUGAGAACCACCCACUUCAUAACAGCGGUCUGUUGAGCCUGGAUCCUGUGCAGGACAAAACUCCGCUCUACAGUCAACUCCUGCAGGCGUACAAAUGGUCCAACAAGUUACAGUACCACGCAGGUCUAGCAUCCGGCCUCCUGAAUCAGCAGUCAUUGAAGCGCUCCGCCAAUCAGAUGGGGGUGUCUGCCAAGCGCCGACCGAAGUCUCAGCCCACCACGCUGGUCCUCCCACCACAAUAUGUUGAUGAUGUCAUCAGCCGCAUCGACAGGAUGUUUCCUGAAAUGUCCAUCCACUUAUCCAGACCCAACGGGACAUCAGCAAUGCUUCUGGUGACCUUGGGGAAGGUGUUGAAAGUGAUCGUCGUCAUGAGGAGCCUGUUCAUUGAUCGAACCAUCGUGAAGGGGUACAACGAGAACGUCUACACUGAGGGCGGCAAGCUUGAUAUAUGGUCCAAAUCCAGCUACCAGGUGUUCCAGAAGGUGACAGACCACGCCACCACGGCCCUGCUGCACUACCAGCUGCCCCAGAUGCCAGACGUCGUGGUCAGAUCCUUCAUGACCUGGCUGAGAAGCUACAUAAAGCUGUUCCAGGCCCCGUGCCAGCGCUGCGGGAAGUUUCUGCAAGACGGCCUUCCCCCCACGUGGAGGGACUUCCGGACCCUGGAGGCCUUCCACGACACCUGCCGGCAGUGACCCCGCCCGGCCCGCCGGCCCGCGCCCCGCACGCGCGCCCCUCCCGCACGCAGGCCCCUCCCGGCCCGCCACCCUGGGAGCCGCACCGGGCGCAGGAUCGGGAGGGAGGGAGGGAGGGAUCGGCUGUGGUGCUCUGUGGCCGGCAGCCCCCGUGUUCACGUGUUUUGUUUUUGUAACUUAAUUUUUGUAAGCAAUAAACCUUUUCUACCGAG